UAUUCGUCCUUUCGAAGCAGCUUCGCAGGAUUGAGAAACUUGUUUUAUGGAAAGGAUGUCGGAAAGUACAACCGUUUCAGUAUCUGGAAUAAAUCCUGUCCGCUCCCUAGAAUUGAAUGUGUUUGUUGCACAAAUUUUCGGUGUUCCAGUCUUUUUUCGAGAAACUCAUCUUUAUACACGAAUCCUAGUAUGUCUUUACUGCUUGGUUUCCUUUAUUUUGUUUAACGGUUACUACUUCUACUGUGAAAUGCUUGACCUAAGUUAUUGCAAUUCAUUCAACGAUAUCGUGCAAAAUCUGAGUCUAUCUGUAACUCAUCUUAGUGGUACUGUGAAAGUCUUGAACGUGCUAUUCAGAAUACGGAAGCUGCAAGCUGUCCUGGAAGAAGUUAGAGGUUUACCUUCACGUUAUGUUAAAAAGGAAGAACAGCAUGCGAUUUUCCGGACCAGUGAGAUAAAAAAUAAAUUGAUUGUGAUAGUUUACUCCUCGACUGUAACCUGUACUUGUUUAGCUGCGCUUUUUGCGAUGAUCAAAGAGCCAACUAUGGGAGGAAGGAAGUUCCCAUUUCGCGCUCACCUACCAGACUCUCUGCCAAUGAGUGUCCGCAUCCUUUAUUGGUGGUUUGCAGUUUUCAUCCUGGGAAUCCAAAUCGUUGCGAUCGACAGCAUCAAUAUUUUGUUGGUGAAUCAGAUCCAGUCUCACUUGAAGUUCCUUACCAUAAACUUCUCCGAUUUGACAUCCUCUGCUAUCUUACAAAAGGAUGCCUGUAGCAAAUUGGCAGAGUGCUUAGAAUACCACCAACUUAUUUUACGGAUUCGAGAUGACAUCGAGAAUCUGUUCAAGUAUCCGAUCCUGUUUCAAUUCUUCGUUUCCCUUCUUGUAAUCGUUGUAACAGGUUUUCAGGCAAUUGUUUUACCCGCAGCGGAGGGAGGAUUACUGAUAUAUUUCUACUGCAGUGGAGUAUUCUUUCAACUGUUUUCAAUUUGUUGGUUCACCAAUCAAGUGAUGGAAGAGAAUAAACUUCUAGUUCAGGCUGGUUACGAUACCGCAUGGUUUGAAUAUGGGGACCGAUACUGCAAGAUGCUACUCAUAUUCAUGAUUAACGCUCAGAAACCACUUACGUUUACGAUUGGAGGAUUUUCCGGCCUUUCUUUGAAUACAUUUUCAGGAGUGUUAAGCCGCUCUUAUUCCUAUAUAGCUGUGUUACGACAAGUGUAUGCAUAGUAAUCAGCUUCGAUGGAGGUCCUUGCAGGAUUGAAAUGGCAUUUAUAGUUCACGAGCAAAUAAAUUUGAUUGCUUGUAACAAUCUGGUAUUUGCAAUGGAGAAAAAACCAACUAAAGACACUUAAAAUGCAAAUAUGUAUCUAUCAAGAAAUAAUAGCACAGUUUCACAACCUGCAACCCUUAUUUUACCAAUAAUUAGCAUUAAAUGUCAUUCUAGUGAUAAAGGCAAUUUGACAAAUA